UUCUAAAUAAAUUUGAUUUUAUCUUUUCUUAGUUUGAAAAAAAUGAAACAUUUUAAUAUGAAAAGAGAAUAUUCAAAAACGUGGAAAUCGUUGGACAGAAUAAACGAGAUCAUAAUGUUUUCCUGUGCUCUAAAGUUUUUGAUAUAUACAUUGUAACAUUGAAUUCCGACCAAACUUCACUUCUCUUUAUCUCUCUCUCUAAAUUAUUAUUAUGAUUACUAUUGAAUAUUAAUUAUCCCUCACUUUUGUUGCCUGCGGAAAACUAAGAGAAUUAUGAGGCCCAAUGCGAUGAUCAUUCCUAUGAUGAUUCUGCUAUUUCCAUUCACCUCAUUUGCAGAUCCAAGAGCUCAGGUUAUCAAGCUCAUCUGCGGCAAACAAAUCGAGCAAAACGCCACCAUUAACAUGGCAAACUUCAUAUCCACCAUGGACAAAAUAACCGUCCAAAUGCAAGCUUCGGGCCACGGCGCGGCGGCCACGGGCUCGGGCCGCCACGCCAGCUACGGGCUGGCACAAUGCUACGGCGACCUCUCGCCGGCCGACUGCACCCUUUGCUACAUCGAGGCCCGAAACAUUAUGCCUCGGUGCUACCCCUCCAAUGGAGCCCGGGUCUACCUCGAGGGCUGCUUCCUCCGGGCCCAAAACUAUAGCUUCUAUCACGAGUACUCGGGCCCGGACGACGGGCCCGUAUGCGGGAACCGAACCCGGGACGACCCGGGAUUCGAGGAAUCUCUAGGAAAGGCCCUGUCGCGGGCGGUCUUGGCCGCAUCGGGGAACGUGCGGUACGCGCGGGCCGAGGUGGCGGUGGUCGGGGCUGUAAAUAAAUCAAUCCACGUGCUAGCCGAUUGUUGGAGGACGAUCGGUGCUAGCGCUUGUCGGGCUUGUCUCGAGAAUGCUUCUGCGUCCGCCCUCGGGUGCCUGCCUGCAUCCCGUGGGAGGGCCCUCAACACGGGGUGCUUCGUUGAAUACUCUGAUUCUGAUUUCAUGAACCCCGUGUCUCGGAGUGGAAGUUCAAGUGUGAGUGUUAUAAUCAAUGUGAUUGUAGCUGUGAGUGGAGCAGCUCUUUUGACAAUUGGAGCCAUUAUUGGAGUUUAUUUGUGGAAAAAGAGGAAUAUUGAGAAGAAUAGAAAAGAUCAUGAUGCUGAAAAUUUAUUGAAGAACCUUAACCACAACAGCUUGUACUUCAAAUAUUCGACCCUCGAUAGAGCUACGAACUCUUUCGAUGAAGCGAACAAGCUCGGACAGGGCGGAUUUGGCACAGUUUAUAAGGGAGUGUUAGCUGAUGGAAGAGAGAUUGGUGUGAAGAGGCUUUUGUUGAACUACAAACACAGAGCAACAGACUUCUACAAUGAAAUAAACAUGAUCAGUAGUUUGGAGCACAAGAAUUUAGUCAGAUUGUUGGGUUGCAGCUGCUCCGGACCCGAAAGCCUUCUCGUUUACGAAUUUUGCCCCAACAAGAGCCUCGAUGGCUUCAUCUUCGAUUUAGACAAAGGUAAAGAAUUAAAUUGGGAGAAGAGGUUGAAGAUCAUUGUGGGAACAGCAGAGGGGUUAGUCUACCUCCAUGAAAACACAACAACAAGAAUCAUACACAGAGACAUCAAAGCAAGCAAUGUCCUCUUGGACUCGAGAAUGCGCGCGAAAAUCGCAGAUUUCGGGCUGGCCCGAUCCUUCCAAGAAGAUCAGAGUCAUAUCAGCACAGCCAUAGCAGGGACAUUGGGAUACAUGGCCCCGGAGUACUUGGCCUACGGCCAACUGACGGAGAAGGCCGAUGUUUAUGGUUUUGGUGUGCUCGUGCUGGAGAUUGUCACCGGUAGAAGGAACAACGAGGGCGAGAGCUCGGAUUACACGGAAAGCUUGCUUAAUCGAGCAUGGAAGCAUUUCAAGCAAGGAACAGCCGAACAACUCGUGGACCCCAACCUAAUGGUAGGCGAGGGGAACGAGAUCAACGAGAUCAACGAGAUGCUACGAGUCGUUCAAGUAGGGCUAGUGUGCGCCCAGGAAAUCCCGUCAUCGCGCCCGUCCAUGUCUAAGGCGCUACUGAUGCUAGAGGCAAAAGAGCAGCCUCCAUCACCAAGCAACCCUCCUUUCAUGGACAAGGAGACUAUGGAGUUCCAUUACACGAGCCGAGGCACGUCCCUCAGCCACGGGCGGGGCGAUGAUGAUGCCUCGAUCGCCACCAUUUCCCACAGUGUUUUCCUUCCCAGGUGAUGAUGAUUGAUGAUAUGAGCUGCUCGGUUUCUAUGCUUCAUUUUCAGCAACAUGCAAGACUCAAAAACUGUCUCAGGCAUUUUAACAAACACUUUGUGAACAUCCUGAUUUUUACUAAAAUGAAAUGCUACUCGAUUUAAA